AUAUUUUUGGCGUAGCUAAAAAUCUAGUUUGAGGACCCGUAGGGGCGAGUGCAUGAGUUGUCGUACAUUGAGCCUUGGUGGUCGGAUGGCGUUUUGAGAGUUGCCUUCCUUGUUGUUUUAUCGUUGCGUGGCUUUCUUCCGGGGAACUUCGUUGGUUUUGUGUCCAAUCGCGGCUAGCCUCUUGUAGUCAACGCUAGUCAAUUGGGGAUAGCCCUCGCUGUCUAGAGCUUGGGCUUGCUGCCUUACCGAGGUCUAGUUUCUUUUCGAGAGAUUGAGCGCAGGCAGCCAUUUUAUCUGGAACUGCGGGCUCGGGAAGACACACGUCGCGCCAUCUUCAUGCGCAAGUCACAGCUCAGCCAGGCCUUCGCGGCUGGGGCGAUCGUUACGACCCAGGAGGGACACGGUGCGCUGGCGCCGGUCCCACAAGGUGAGCCUCCGGCUGGUGGGGCAACGGGACAGGGACCAGCGGGGUUGGGACAACCGGCAGCAGCAGUUCAGCCGAUACCAGCGGCAGCAGCAGCGAGGCAGGUUGCAACCGCAGCAGCAGCAGCAGCAACCACGGUGCCCGUACAAUACGCACAUGUGCUGGAUAUUGAGGAACAGGUGGAUACCGAGGGCUUCCCGGCCCUAGCUCAGACACUAGGCCCGUUGGCGCCCCCUGCCGUUAGGCAGGCGGCGCCCCAAGGGGCCUCUCACGUCUUGACAGAGCGCCCGGAAAGGGGAGUGAGGAGGGCGGUGGAAGGUCCGCUGGAGGCGGCGGUGCUGCCGCCAAGCAAGGUCCCCCGGCGCCUGACGGUCCAGGGCGCCGGCAUCUUGGACUCCUGGCUGGACACGUUGGCGACGGGGCCGGGCGCGGGCAUGACGGCAACGGGGGCUCAACGGUCGGCGCUGGGACCGUUCGAGAAGACCCUUACCUCCAGCAUUGACAUGGAGGACACCGCGGCCAUGGCGCCAUUCAUGAGCGAGUUGCUAGCGGUAGCGGGUGUGCAGCGGCUGUCUACCAACCAAGACAUCUUCAACAGUCAUGCCAAGAGCGUCAUCAGCGCUAGCGUGUCGCUGGGCGAGGCCGCGCUGCAGGAGGCGGCGAGGGCGCAGACUACGGACGAGCAAGCACGGAGCUUGAUGGUUGCCACCGCAGCUUACAAGCGGGCGCAGGAGGCGCAGCAGGUCCAGUCCGAGGUCAGCAAGCUCACGCGCUACACUACCUUUCCCAAGGCCAUGCGUUGGCUAAAGGAGGGAGACCCGGAUAAGCUCAACCUACUGCGCGGCCUCUCCUCUUUCAGCAAGGAGGACUUGACCGACAUCCUGCGCAGCGCGACGGGUCAAGGCACCUCCAGCAACCGAGCAGCGGCCAGGGAGGCGCCCCUCCCGCUUCCGAGCAGCGGGUCCGCAGGCAGCCACGGCGAUGCACAAUAGCGCUGUUUUGUCUGCGACGCGACGGGCCACAGGUUCCACAACUGGCCCACGCUGAUAGGCCUCCCGGAGGAUGAGCGUGACAGGAAGCUAGCGGCGGCGCGCAGGCGCAUGCCGCGGAGGAACUAGGAACUUCAUGCGCCCGCCAGGGACAUGGCGGGUGCCCCAGACGCCGCUGCCGCGGGGGGCGGUGGCGCGGGGUGGCUAGCGGGCGCAUCGGGCGGCAUGGGCGACACUCAUGCAGUGAACAGCAGCAGGCUGUUGGGACACGUGGUGGAGACGGAUGGCCGGUGGUCAGAGGCGCUGGUAGGGCCCCUGGAGGCUUUGUACGCAGCGGCGCUGGCCCUGAGACAGGGAGCCAUGGUGGCGGAACAUGGCCAGCCGGUGGCGACAUCCUCAAUGGCAGAUCCAGUCGGCAGGCCAUCGGUAGAACAUGGGAGCAGCAGCACCGUGGCGCCUGCAGCGCCGCAGGGAGGUGCAGUGGCAGGGGCGAGCAGCGUGGAAGGUAACUACACUACCACCACGCUUGGUGCAGCUAACGCCUGAGGCCAUAGAGGACUUGGAGUUCUGGUGGAGGGUCUUCGGUCGGAUUCGCCAGUGUGGGAUGGCGUCAAGCAGUGCGCUGUAGCGGACCUCGACUUGGUGAGGGGGGAGUUUGGGGCCCCAGUGGUGCAGUCUUCUUCACCGACGCCAGCGGCUGCGGCUCUGGCGCGGCCUGGGGCCCCGCGGAGCUGCAGGGGCCGUGGUCAGCGGCGGAGAAGCAGCUACACAUGGCUUGGCUGGAGCUGAAGGCGGUGCUCAGGGCGGUGCAGCCGUGGGCGC